CCCUUUAUAAAGGUGGGUUUCUGAGCUCCAUACCUGACAAAAUUACAUUAGGCAGUUAAAGAAGGACAUCCCGUGUGCCUUGCAAUGCCAAACACCCCACCAGAAGUCCUUGCAAGAUUGUGAUCCUUCAGCCCAGAAAAUCUGCUUCAUCGACGAGGGACAUCUUGCAUGAGGCUUGGACUGCGUACAUCCUUCACCAUGAAGCCUCUCCUGGGACUCCUCUUCUGCUCUCUGCUUCUCACUACAGGUGCCUCCUUGCAGUGUGAAGUUUGCAGUGCCAUUGGGAAAACAUGUUCCAGUGAUAAAGUGGAUUGCCCUGCUGGAGAAGAUACCUGUGCCACUUACUCGUAUGCACCUUCACCACCAAACAUCAACAUCACAACAUUCAGGAAAUUAUGCCUUAUGGAGGCAGGAUGCAGAAAUGCAACCGAAGACAUAGGGAAGGUUUUUGAAAAUGCGGGACUUCUUAUAAAGGUUGAAUGUAACAAGGCCUCUGAGGCAGCUCCAUUCGUCUUCCUGGCACUCUCUGGGCUCCUGUUGAUGAAGAUCCUCCUUUAAUGAACCACAUGCAGUGAAUUAGCACUGAAGAAGAGUUUCAUUCUUAUAUCCAUGCAACCUUCCCUGGACCUGACCAUGUGUCUGUCCAGAGGAAAUUGUUGUUUUAUAUUUCUUCAGUAAAAACAAAUAAAAAGAAAUCUGGAGGAGAAAAGG